AUGCAUAUCGUGGAUCAACUUAUCAAUGAAAUUCCUUUCUUUCCACAAAGAAGAGUUGCGGCCGGAAGGUUAGGAUUGUCUCCACUACAUAAGUGUACAGGAGCAAUUCGCAUGCUUGAGUAUGGUUGUGCGGCUGAUGUGGUUGACAAAUAUCUCCGGAUUGGUGAAACCACUUCCAUGAAAUGCAUGCAACAUUUUGUUGACAGUAUCAUACUUUUCUUUGGAGAUGAGUACCUAAGAAAACCAACCGCUGAAGAUCUUCAAAAGCUAUUCAUUAUUGGAGAGAUAAGAGGAUUUCCCGGGAUGAUGGGUAGCAUCGAUUGUAUGCAUUGGGAGUGUAAGAAUUGCCCAACCGCUUGGAAAUGUCAAUAUACACGGGCCUCGGGAAAACCAACGAUCGUUUUAGAGGCUGUAGCUUCACAAGAUCUUUGGAUAUGGCACGCGUUUUUUGGACUUCCAUGUACUUUAAAUGAUAUCAAUAUUCUUGAUCGCUUUCCGGUUUUCAAUGACAUCUUUAAAGAACGAGCACCAAAAUACAAGUAUGUUGUCAACGGAAACCAGUAUAGUUUGGGUUACUAUCUGACAGAUGGAAUUUAUCCAAAAUGGGCUACAUUUAUCCAAUCGAUCUCUUCUUUAUUUGCAACCCAACAAGAAGCUUGCCGUAAAGAUGUUGUGCGUGCUUUUGGAGUUUUGCAAGCUCGAUUUGCCAUUGUCAAAAAUCCGACUCUUAUUUGGGAUAAGGAAAGAAUAGGAAAAAUUAUGCGGGCAUGCAUAUAA